UGGCGCUGCUGCGGGAGCAGCAGGUGAUGAACCACCUCGGAGACAAGCAGAGCAUCCGCCGAGGCGCGCAGUUCUUCUACCUCGGUAUCGGGCUCGGCCGGCUCGUGGGGGAGUCGCUGCACCCGGAGCUGCUGGCUAUGGACUGCUGCCAGCUGCUGGAGGAGCUCGAGUUUUACUUCUCGUCGUCGACGGUGCAGGGAAUGAAAAUGAUGGUGGCGACGUCGAGUACGCUGCACGAGCCGCUGGGCCAGGAGAGCAGUCCGCAGUACUCGGCCAACGAGCCGUUCCGACCCACGAUGCACAAGUGGAACCAACGUCCAGUAUAUCGCCGCCUCAUGACGCCUCCGAUCCCCUUCCCGCUGGACUACCGAGAGGUGUUGCUGUCUCUGUGCGACAUCCUGGCGCUUAUUUACAGCAAGCUGAUCGAAGACAGCUCUGCUUCCGAGAACGUGAACCUGUUCCAGGCUAUAAUUCGGUUUGACGACCGUAUUAAGAAACUCUUUAUCGACCCGGUCAAGAAGGAGUUUUCCGCUGUAGCCUCGCAGGUGAUGGCUGAAGAAAUGCGGCUUGUUCGCAAGACAUAUGCGUCUGGGGCACGCGACGAAGCCGCCCCCAGUAGCACUACAGCAGCUACAUCCACCGUGACAGUACCUGAUUCCGGCAAUGCGUCGUAGUAGCUCCUUCGUGCUGACCUGGGCGUGAACCACUCAUCAUUGACAGAGGCGGCAACCCGUUUACUAUAUUCAUCAAAUCACUGCUCAAAAA